AUGUCCCAUGGCCCUGUACCCCAGACACCAUGCUGGGGGGGAAGGGGGAGGCCGGCUGUGGCAAAUGGGCUGCUAAAGCAUCCGUCUUACCCAAAAAGAACCAACCAGUGUGAAAACUGGUCCAUCGCACGCUUGUGUGUUCCACCCCUGAGGAAACCGGGCGGGAGAGUGGGGACCUGGGCAGCCCCAGUUAGAUUGGGUCGUACCGGGUGGGACCGCACCUUGGUAUCGGUGGAGUAUGGGCACUGCAGAGUUGAUGCAUCACUGGCGUCUGAUGAGAACCGAGGGGAUCUCUGUGCUCUGGCUUUAUUCCAGCUGUGGAGCAGUGUGAUAUCUUUAUUAGCAAGACAUCUACAGAAAGAGGCACAGUCUCAGCACAACAACUCAGAAUUCACAGAAGAUCAAAAGAAAACCAUAGCUAAAAUUGCAACAUGCUUGGAACUGAGAAGUGCAGCUUUACAGUCCACCCAAUCACAGGAUGAAUUCAAGCUGGAGGAUCUGAAGAAGUUGGAACCAAUCUUAAAGAAUAUCCUCACUUACAAUAAGGAGUUCCCCUUUGAUGUUCAGCCUGUCCCACUCAGGAAGAUUUUAGCACCUGGAGAAGAGGAACACUUGGAGUUUGAGGAGGAUGAUGAGGAAGGAGGAGCUGGAGCAGGGUCUCCAGACUCUUUUCCUGCUAGAGUUCCAGGUACUUUAUUACCCAGAUUGCCAUCUGAACCCGGGAUGACAUUACUUACCAUCAACAUAGAGAAAAUUGGUCUGAAAGAUGCUGGGCAGUGCAUUGAUCCUUACAUCACAGUCAGUGUGAAGGAUUUGAAUGGGAUAGAUCUGACUCCUGUGCAAGACACUCCUGUGGCUGUGAGGAAGGAGGACAUGUAUGUCCAUUUUAAUGUGGACAUUGAGAUUCAGAAACACAUUGAAAGACUAACAAAAGGUGCAGCUAUUUUCUUUGAAUUCAAACACUACAAGCCUAAGAAAAGGUUUACUAGCACCAAGUGCUUUGCUUUCAUGGAGAUGGAUGAAAUUAAACCUGGGGCAAUUGUUAUAGAACUGUACAAAAAACCCACUGACUUUAAAAGGAAGAAACUGCAACUGUUGACCAAGAAACCACUUUACCUUCACCUCCAUCAAACCCUGCACAAGGAAUGACCCGCCCUAGUUGUGAGACUUCCGAGAACUGCACCACCAGUCGCCAUAGCUGUGUGUAGUAGCCUUUGCGGGGCAGGAGAACGACUAUUCAUGCCAGUAGGUCAGACGGGACCAUCACACACUGCACAGCACUACUUCAGGGUCAGGGGCAAGCCACCAUUCCAGUGCAUGAUUAGUUUCUCAGUAUCUUCCAGAUACAGGUUUUUCUGAGAGCCCUGAAAUCUGUUGACUGCUUUUCCUCAUUUUUGCUGUUCAUCACUUUUUUUAUCUUAACUGUUACUAUCCUGUUGCCUCAAACUCCACCCAAGGAUGGAGACCGCCCCUUUGCCAAACCUGUAGCAAUAAAGAUGUGGCAGGCCUACUAACUGUUUACACUUG